AUGGCUACCGUCCACAACACUGCCACGCCUGCAGCGGCGACGGCAGCCACCGACAACAACAACAACAACAACAACAAAAACACCAACAGCCUCGAAUAUGACCUCUUAAUCAUCACCGACGCCACAGCCUCCAUGACCACCUUCCUUGUCUCCCUCCACUCCUCCCUCCAGUCCAUCAUCCGCAUCUCCACCCUCACCGGCGCCUUCUCCCGCAUCGGGGUGCUCGCCUACCGCGACCACGACUGCGUCGAGUGGUCGGCCGAGAAACAUGCCUACGUCAACGACCACGUGAGGGUCACCGAGUUCAGUGGGUGGUUCGGCCAAGACCAGGACAAGAAAGACCUCCUCGGGUGGGUUCAACGUCUUAAGGUCCAAGGGGGCUACUCCACGCCGGAGGCGGGCAAGACGGGGGCGCACUGGGCGUGCGAAGUCAUGGGGAGAGAUGCCAGGGAAGGGGUCAAGAGGGAGACGGUGGUGAUUUGGUAUGCGGAUGAGUCGCCCCACUUGAGGAUAUUGGAUAACAAGGCUUGGGAGCUGGAGCAGGCGGCGUUGGGGAAGGUGGAGGGCGGGGAGAAGUUCAAGGAUUGGGUCUCGGCUUGUGAGCAACUCAGGCGUAGCGGGGCGCAGGUGUUUUGUGUGACGGCGAGGACGUUCAAGAACAAGUGCAGGGUGGACCAGAGCCGGGCUGGGCUGGGGGUGGCGGCCAUGUAUUCGUUCUUGUCGCAGGUCACGGGUGGGAGGUGCUUCAGUUUUGACACUUUGUCGCCCAGGGCGGAAGAUAUUUCGCAGCUGACGGUGGGAAUUUUGCUUGGUUGGCUGGGUGCUGUCACGGAGAAGAAGGGGCAGGGGGGUGAUCGGAAGCUGGUCUACUUGAACCAGUAUGGGACGCUGAAGGGCAUCGAGACGGUGGAGUCUGAGACGGAUAUCAACGGAAACAGGUGGCUUCCUGUUUCCGCGAACAAGGACGUUACCGAGGCUCUCAGGUGCAAUCUCACGAAUGCCUGGGUCAGUGAGAGCGACAUCGCCAAGAUUGUCGAUGUCCGGAACGGUGGAGCGGUCCAGGACUUUGCAAAGAGAUACAUGGAUGACGAAGAAUACCGGACCCUGGUGUGUGCUCAGCUGCAGGAGAUCAUCGAGACAGAUGUGACCGUCAUGGCCCUCAAUCCUGUGUUCGGCACUCUAUGGAGAUCAGUCUGCAACGACCGGUCCAACCCCGUCAGAGACGGACUUAUCACCAAGUUUGGUUUCCACGUUGAUAGGAUACCCGAUGCCGAGCAAAAGUCGCGGAUGAAGAACUGGCUGGAGGAGUCGUACGACAUGAAGGGCGAAAUUGUCAGCAUCAUCAGAGAAGUUGGAGAUGGUGAAAAGUACCCCUGCGUGUUUCUCGAUCCAACGCUCAGGUUCGCCGGCAAGAGCGAGAACGACGACGACAGCCGAGAUAUGGUCUUUACUCGGGACGAGCUACUCGAGAUUGGUCGAUCUUGCGAUUACAGGAUUCUGCGCCGACUUGGAAAGGUCCUGACCCGGCUCACGUUUGUGGCUUCCAAAGACGACCUCCCAGCCCAUGUCCAAGAUCUGGGCGAAGCUGAGCUCCCCCGGAUUCCGCUCGCUUUGGCCAAGGCGGAGCGCAAGAGGAUGUUUUGGAGAAUUUUGCUGCAUACUGUGCUGCCUGGUACCAUGCUGGCCCUCCGUCCGGCCGCCCUGGUCGCUGCUCUCACAUUGAGGAUGGGGAUCAAGGCACUGGAAGAGGCAGCAUUUACUGAGCUCUCCCUCAUGAAGGACAACUGGAACACUCUUGAUAUUCCCGAGACGUGGAACUCCAACUGUCUUAACCUUUUGCUCGAGGCCAACAAGAAGCGCCCAGGUGCAGUCCUCAGCAAGGAGGAUGCCGAACUCUUUGAGGGCUUGGUGAGCUACAAGCUUCUGGAGAUGAAUCUCGACACCAUCGUUCCUACCAAAAUAGGAUGGACGCCCGAGAAGGCACGCGCUCACAUGGGCCCUGUGGCUGUCUGCAAGUCUUGCCAGUUUCCUCGCUCCGUCACCAUCAUGGGCGACGAGGGAAUCUGUGGUCUGUGCCACAGCGCCAGGGAAGAUACCGACAGGGGGCGCGCCCAUCGAAUGGUACACGAUAACAUCUCCAAGGACGACAAUGGCGCCACCGAGAUCAGCUGGGUGGAAUGUUCCAUGAACGACUGCCGGGCCCAGUAUGUGGUCUACUUCCCCAACCAGCUCAACGUACGGCCUAAAUGCUGGUUCUGUCGGCAGAGGAGCUUUGUCUCGAAGUCAGAUUCCAAGUACGAUCAACUGACCACUGCGCCGUGCGUCAGCUGUUCGAUUUGUGCCAACAGGGUGAUAUGGCCUGCCGAGUACCGGCCUGAUGGCUUCGAUGAGAGCUCAUUCAUCUGCGCUCCCUGCGAAGGUGGCAAAAAGAAUCGUAUCGAGGAGGAGGAGCUCAGCAUUCGGACGCUCGCCAACGAGAACGGCAAGGGUUGGCUCGUCAAGAAUGACGACGAUAUGAUCCCGGCUAACGUCGUCUUCGGUGGCAGGUCGGUGUUCUUUAUCGUUUCCAAUUUGGCCCACGGAAGAGAGCACUUUGCGGACAAGGUGCAGGUCUUGCCCGCUUCUGACAAGGUGGCUUUGAAGGCCCGAGGCAAGAAGGUGCACAAUGUUGAUGAGCUUGUCAAGGCCGUGAAGGGAUGGGUCGACUCGCGCCGGGUCCAGGCUGGAACUUGCUCUCUCUGCUUCAGCGACCACAAGAAGAAGGAUCUCCGUUUGGCCUGCGGUCGGAAGGGAUGUGGCGAGCUGAUCUGCGGCGAUUGUGCUGACUCGUGGUACGGCAUCAAUCGAGUCGGCAAGAUCAUCAACGUCGCUGCUCUCAGCUGCCCGUUCUGCCGCAGACAGCCUUCGACGAAGGUCAAGUUGCCGGAGGGUGUGAGAUACUUGGAGGGGCUAAAGAAUGCAGUCGAGGAGGCCGGCAGCUGGAUCUUCGCCUGGUGUUCCUCCUGCAGCUCAGCCAAGAGGUACAUGGAAAGGGUUUGUGCCGCCGGAGCACCAGUCGACGUCGAGAACUGGAAGUGCGAGGACUGCACACUCACAGCCGAAGUGUUUGACUUCAAGCCAUGUCCAGGGUGUGGUGUAGGGACACAAAAGACUUCUGGAUGUGAUCACAUGACGUGUGUUGUCAGUGGUUGCAAUACGCAUUGGUGCUUCAAGUGUGGCGAGGAGGUGGAUCGCCAUGAGAUUUACAACCACAUGUCGGAGGAGCACGGCGGAUGGUACAAUGGAAGGGAAUAUGAGGAUUAUGAUGAUGAGGAAGACGAUGAGGUUAUGGAGGAUGUUGUGGAGAGGGUAGCAGCGGUUGCCAUAGAUUGA